GAAUUGUCCGCAGAAGAUGUUAUAACCUUUGGAACGGAGCGAAGGAGUCUCGAUACCGCUAUGCUACCCGCUGUAGAAUCCCCGCAUAAGAAACCCAAGAUGGAAGGACGGCAAAAAACAGACUUCUCCGAGUCCAAGUUUGUCAAAUUCUACAAGGCUGGCGUUAAUCAAACGGGAAACAUUGCAGACAUUGAAGCAGGCAUCGGUAGCUUGUCGCAAAGCCCCCCGACAGAGGCGCAAAUCAAAACAUCCACAGACACUCCAAACGAGAACUCUUGUUAUGGCUCGAAUUUAAGCCCAAACGAGACACGCUUAAAUUUUUCAAGUAAUAUCGAUGGCAGCGCUAGAUUCUCGGCGAACUUAGACUGCGAAAAUAAAGAAAAUUUAACGACAGAACUCACAGAAUCGAAUCCUAUCCCCAAUCCUCUCCACGACACUCCUCCGUCAAGGGUUAUUCACUGCCGCGCGGUGGCUGACGGUACGAAAGAAACGGAUCUCAUCGGUGUUUUACAACCGUUUGUCAACGUUAAUAACGUAACUCUUCUUCCGAAAAUACGCCAAGCUUUGGUGGAAUUCGAGGAUAUUGACUCUGCUGUUGCGCUUGUCCGCUUCGCCCAGGGAAAUCCUAUUGUAUUAUUGGGAAGACAGAUGUACGUGAAUUUCUCAAAAAGUCAAGAAAUAAAAAGAGACAAGAUUCCCAGCGGUCACUAUCCCGUUCCAAUGUCGCCUCAAAGUCCUGGUGAACAAGAUAUAUGUGGAAAUAUUUUAUUAUUAACGAUUAUGAACGCGCUAUAUUCCAUAGAUGUUAAUGUCAUAUCUCAUGUCUGCUCGCCAUAUGGCAACGUCUUAAAGAUUGUUAUCUUUCAUAAAAAUGGUUUGCAGUGCCUUGUCGAAUUUGACAGUAUUGAAUCCGCAGAACAGGCCAAAUUACAUUUGAAUGGGCAAGAUAUCUAUCCUGGGUGUUGCACACUAAAAGUCGAAUAUUCACGGGCGAAGAAAUUAAAUGUGUAUAAAAAUGACGAAGAGACCUGGGAUUUUACUCAAGAUAAUAACGAAUGCAUAACUGGUGACUGUGGAUCCAGUAAUGUUCUUGCGCCUCUCAACACGAUGUCAAUGCCUGGCGGUCAAUUACCUAUCUCAAAUGAUGCUUUGGCAAAGAUUUCUGCAUUUCCAACAGUUCAUAGUAUUUUGUCCAAACUAAGUGUCCUGCAAGGUAGUAGUGGUGUAUCUGGUGAUUCCACUUCGUGCGAUCCAAUGUCUACUUCGCUUACUCCUGGUAUGGAUAACUCUGAUUUGGCUGGUUUGUUCCCAAGUGUUCCUAACAGUCCUGGAGGUCUUUCACCGUUAUCCUUAGCUCCCCAGAGUGUGAUUGGCUCUGGCCAAACAAUCCUUAAUCCAGACGGGGGAUUGGGAUGUGUACUCAUGGUCUAUGGUCUGCAUCCAGAGCGAAUGAAUUGUGAUCGUCUGUUUAACUUGUUUUGUCUUUAUGGUAACGUAAUUAAGAUAAAAUUUCUAACAAACAAGCCAGGUGUGGCCAUGAUUCAGAUGUCGGACAAGAUGGCAUCCGAAAUGAUAAUAAAAAAUUUAAAUGGUCUGGAACUGUUUGAUUGCAAGCUCGUGAUUGCAUUUUCCAAACACCCCUACAUUGCGGGUUCGUCCACCGUGAACACCCUAAACGAUGGAACGCCCGCGACUGUGACGUACACGGAAAACAGGAAUAACAGGUUUAAAUACAUUCCGGAGGGCAGAGCCUUUUCCUUGACGCUGUAUCUAGGAUAUCAACCUCCAACGCGCAUGCUUCAUUUUUUCAAUGCACCACGCAACUGCACCCUAGAUCGACUCAAAGACGUGUUUCUGACGUCAGGAGCCGAAUCUCCGAUUCGUGGAACUUUCUUCUCCAAAGGAAGCGCGAAAUCUUCAAGUGGUUUACUUGAAAUGCCAAGAGUGCAGUCGGCAGCCGAAGCAGUCGUUCUUGUGAAUCAUGUGACGAUUAAUCCUGAAGGUGGCGGUUCUUACACACUAAAACUGGCAUUUUCACCAAGUUCAACCAUCACACCCUCAGCUCCAACAGUUGCGCCCGCAGUCGCCGCGGCAGCAGGCAUAAGCUUCGGGGGUCGUUCCCCCCGGAGAGAAACAUUUCCCAUUCAUGAGAACCUAGUGUCUGCGAGACUUGGGCCAAUCGGAAGUAGGCCUCCCGGGGAUUCAUCCCUAUUGUUGGUGUCGUAACAGACGUUCUCAGACUCGUUCUCAGACUCCUGUAGCAUGGUCGAGGUGCGUAUUACUACUGAGCUCUAUAUGUAGCUGGUUUUACAUCAUCUUCUCAACUGAAGACACAGGGUUGUACUUUAUCGAGUUUCUCGAUAAUAGACGACUUGAAAAUAGUCCACAUAUUAGAUUAUAUUAGUCAGAACGUACAUACAGCGCACCAUAAUAGAUUUUAUCUGUCGUUGGGUUUUAAAAGUAAGCCUUGCUGAAGAAGUUGAUGAUUUUAACCCAUAGUACUUUUCACAUUCCCGACGAAAUUUGUGUCAAAAUAAAUGAAAGGCACAGAGCGAAUUUAGCACCAAAAUUAGAAAUGUUAAAAAAUAUAAUUAUAAAAAAUUGUAUAAGAUUAUAUUUAGAGACGAAACUCCCUGCAUGCUUUUGAUGUAAUAGCGGUAGUUAUAGGAUUUUCAAGAAAGUCGCAGGAAUGAAAAAACAGCUGGAAUUUGUACGUAAAAAUGUGAUAUUCGCCAAUUGUCAGAUAUUUAUAUUUUCGUUUACUUCAAAGAAAUGUAACUGAGAGCGUUAUGACGAAAUUAGAUACAAGAUUUUGUAAACUGCAUGAAACAAUCUAUUACAUCAGCAUGCGGGAGGUCUGAGAUCUGGGGAAGUUCAGCGGUCUUUGGAGUUCAUAUUUUCCACUAGGGCGGUGGGGUUGAUAUUUUCACAAGUAUUUUACUAUGGUACAGUAGACAGGCCUGGAUUAUUGGGUACAACAUACGAAUGUGGCGGAUACUCUUGAGGGUAGAAGUGGUCCGAGGUGGAUUUCCUUCUCGAGAUGUCUUCGGUGUCCCCACAGAUCCAUUCGUGUCUCGUUCGUGAGAUUGCGAGACACUAACUCUAAAAUUGCCGCCAAGAUGAAAGUAACGAUAACGGGAUAACCACGGCAUAUUCUCAGUCUGGUUACUUCAUCUUACCCCAUUCAUACAUCACGGGGUUGUAAAACAGAUAUAUGUCCCAGCAUGCAAUGCACUCCUACGCUUACAACCUUUCACCAACCCCGGGUACACAUAUCGCAGGGUAUUUAUGUCCCUCGUUAAAAUAUAUAUUAGUCGAUAUAAUCUAGGUAUAUAAAAUCAUUGCUUCACAUUAUAUAAAUAUAAAUAUAUAUAUAGAACAAUAUUAUAAAAAGAUAUGUACUUAUUCUGUUGAUACACAAUGCACUGUCAAUGUAAUAUAGCUUGCCGGGUGAAAGAUAUGAGAUAAAGUCUAAAGAAACUGAAUAUUGGUCAGCCUAAAAUGCUGUUAAAAUGCCAACAAAAUGCCGUAAUUUUCGACAAAAAAUUGAUUUUACUGCAUGUUGAUUAAUUAAAAUGUCCUCACGUGAAUGAACCAGGAGAUGACAUUCGUGAACGUAUAUUAUGACAUAAUCUAUUUACUAUGCAAUGAAAUCAAUUUUUGCCACGAAUUUGCCAUUUGUUGCUUCAGUGCGUAAAAUGGUGCGAAAUUUAUCAUUUAUACAUCAUUCUUGAUAAACAAAAUGUUAAUAUUGAGUAAUUUCAAACUGUGAGCUGUACUUUCUUGUGAUAACCAAAAAGAUUUUAUCGCGAGUAAACUGACAUUGGUUACUGAUGGAAAUGAAACCAUGCAAUCGUUUAUGUCUUUCACCUAUCGUUCUGGGGAAGGUCGUACGAAAGCUAGACAGCGCUAUCCACCGGAUAAUGCUUCUCAAUCGCUCUAAAGUUGCCCGUUGUUCGGUAAAACAUUGAUUAAACCUUAGUGUCACUAUUUGGUGGAUAACGCAAUCCAUCUUUCGUACAACCGACCUCUGUUUACACACGCUAUUAAUGUCUAAAAUAUUUUAUUCCUUAUAAAUACACUUUUAACUGUAGGCAAUUCAGAGUCACGAACAUCAAUUGACGACAAAUUUUAUGUAAAUUGUUGAAUUUUAUUU